AGGAGGGCAAUAACUCAUUAGCAGAAGCUCUGUAUAUUCUGCUACUUGCCACAUGUCUACAAGGGAAUUUCUUCAGAGUGCAAAGAAAUCUGUGAACUGCUGGAAUAUUAUAAGUCUUUCCUUGAGAUGUCAGCCAAGAGCUUCAGUACAGUCACAGUGGCUACUGUGCUUAUUUUCUUCCUAAAGAUACAGCUCUCAAGGCAAGCGCCGUUGAAUGGGUCCAAAUGGUCUUAUAUUGGUCCUGAUGGAGAGAAGGCCUGGCCAAAGAAAUACCCAUUUUGUGGAGGAGUGUUCCAAUCACCAAUUAAUUUCCACAAAGAUAUUCUCCAGUAUGAUUCUAAUCUCUUGCCUUUAGAAUUCAUAGGCUAUAAUGUGCCCUCCACUGACCAGUUUACAUUGAUCAAUAAUGGCCAUUCAGUGAAAAUGUUUCUGUCACCUGCUAUGUCCAUCAGAAACCUCCCAUUUGAGUACACUGCAUCUCAGCUUCACCUGCACUGGGGAAACCAAAACCACUCCAAAGGCUCUGAGCACACCAUCAGUGGGAAGCAUUUUGCAGCAGAGCUCCAUAUUGUACAUUACAACUCUGAGAAAUACCCAGAUAUAGCAGCAGCAAUGGACAAAGCAGAUGGACUGGCUGUUUUGGCUGUUCUCCUUGAGAUUGGACCCUUCAACCCAUCCUAUGAGAAGAUCUUCAGGCACUUCCAGAAUGUGAAAUACAAGGAUCAGAAGGUCCUGGUCCCUGGUUUCAAUAUUCAAGAGCUGCUUCCUGACAGACUGGAUGAGUACUAUCGCUACGAGGGCUCCCUGACAACUCCUCCCUGCUACCCCAGCGUUCUCUGGACAGUUUUCCGAUACCCCGCCAAAAUUUCUCAAGAGCAGUUACUGGCACUGGAAACAGCUAUGUACUGCACAGAGAGUGAUGACCCAGAACCCCUGGAAAUGGUGGAUAACUUCAGAAACGUCCAGGAAGAGUUGUAUGAAUGCUUCUUUGUGCCUGUUUUCCCACUUUUCCCAGGUUUUGUGGUUUCUGUUGUGAUAGGCUGCAUCCUGGGAGUUCUCAUCAUUCUUGCAAUAGCCUUCUGGCUACUGAAGAAGAAAAGCUGCAAAAAGGGAAGUGAAGGCAACAGAAGAGUCAUCUACAAACAAGGCAUGUACAAGGAGGAGGAAGAUAUCUCCAAAAUUUGAUGUUCUGCUCUAUCAUAAAAGUACUUUUCAUUCAUA